AUAUGGCGAGAGCCGCGUGCAGACAAAGCAUGGCAACCAGUAGGCUCGUGUGACACUUGGUGGCGGAACAUCAUCCUCUCAGUGAUGGCGGAUACGCUGAGUUCGCUCUAAAGUCACAUUUCGCUUUAUUUAUUUGAAUAACGCAAAUAAAUUUGACUGGGAGUGGAGUCAUAACAUAUUUUAAGAAAACCGGGUCGUCUUGGUCUAACUCAGGGGCGUAGAUCAAGAUGACUAAUGAAGAACCUCUCCCGAAGAAGGUUCGCCUUAGUGAAUCUGACAUGAAGACCCUGACCAGAGAGGAGCUGUGUGCAAGGUGGAAACAGCAUGAAGCCUAUGUCCAGGUGCUCGAAGCAAAAUACGCUGAUCUAAAUUCCAAUGAUGUGACUGGUCUUAAGGAGUCUGAGGAGAAGCUAAAGCAGCAACAGCAAGAGUCGGCACGCAGAGAGAACAUCCUGGUGAUGAGGCUGGCCACAAAAGAACAGGAAAUGCAGGAAUGUACAACGCAGAUCCAGUACCUGAAGCAAGUGCAGCAACCCAGUGUGGCUCAACUGAGAUCCUCCAUGGUGGACCCAGCCAUCAACUUAUUUUUCCUUAAAAUGAAGGCUGAACUGGAACAGACUAAAGACAAACUGGAGCAAGCCCAAAAUGAACUGAGUGCCUGGAAAUUUACACCUGAUAGCCAGACUGGUAAGAAGCUGAUGGCGAAGUGUCGCAUGCUGAUCCAGGAGAACCAGGAGCUGGGCAGGCAGCUGUCACAGGGCCGCAUCGCCCAGCUAGAGGCUGAACUUGCCCUGCAGAAAAAGUACAGCGAGGAGCUCAAGAGCAGCCAAGACGAGUUGAACGACUUUAUCAUUCAGUUGGAUGAGGAGGUGGAAGGCAUGCAGAGCACCAUCCUGGUUCUCCAGCAGCAGUUGAGGGAGACCAGGCAGCAGCUGUCUCAGCAAGCCCAGGCUCUAGGUGCCGCUAGUGGCGCAGGUCCAAGCAGGACUGCCCCUUCUCCUCCCAGUGCCUGUGAGCCUCCUGCUGAAACUGAAACAGCUCCCUCAGGCAGCACCACUGGGGCAAAAGACUGCGGCCGUGUCUUCAACGGUCCUUCCAAUGGAUCCACCCAGAGAGCUUUGUCCAGCUCUGGCCCGUAUCGGGAGGCAAGCAGCGCUGAUGAGGAUUAUCCAGGGUCACCCUGUGCUUCCAGCCCUGCCCGUGGGGGUGGAGCCAAACUGUCUAACCACUCGGAGGGUGCAGUGAGCCAAGGCACAGGGGAUGGCUACGGAACUCUGAGUGCAGGUUACGAGAGCGUGGACUCUCCAACAGGCAGUGAGGCAUCAAUGACUCAGCACUCAAAUGACACAGACUCCAACACUGAUUCCCACGAGGCCGCAACCGUCGCCAAGAGCACCAGGACAACGGGUGCACAUCACACCACUCACAACGGGCUGGACUCUGCAGCUGCUGCUUCAACUGCCUCCAACCCCUCCACAGGGUCUGUUUUGUAAUCUUUAAAAUGUCUAUUUGUUUUUUUUUUUGUUUUUUUUUAUACUCAUGGCGAGCAAAAAUAAGCCACGCAUUUAAGGCCAGUUAGUUUUUGUUGGGUUGUUUUGCUUCAGGAAUUGAAAAUCAGAUAAAUUUUUUUAGCCAUUUCCAGUCAUAACUCAGUUAUUUUUCAAUAUUACAUAGCUGAUUAUGUUGAGCAGUAUGAGAAUUGAAUAACAAAUGAGCAGCAUGAGAAUAAAUAUCUGAUGUUUUAAGGUUUUAAAAUGUGCUCUAAUUGCAGCUCAAGGUUAUUUGACCAUCACCCUGUCUGUUUACUUAAUUUGCUCACUAAACUAAGACAAGUCAUAAACUUCUGUUGUACCAUAAAUUUUGAUUAAGUCACGAGGCAAAUUCUUCACUUGCUAUGCUUACUUCAGAAUGUCCUUAGUUACUUGAUGUUGAACUUUUAAAAAAACAUUUUCUGUUCAACCCCAUCAAAAAACGAGUUUUUGUUUAAUUUGUGGGUAGUUUUCUGAGAUGUACCUUGUUGGAUUCAUAUUCUGAUUUCAAUUCAUUUCGUGUACUGACCAAAUAUCAAUAAAGGCUUUUAAUAUGA